AUGAGCAGGCCUCAGAUGCUGCUGAAAAGGACCAGGGGUAUUUACAACCAUGGGAUGAUGGGCCGCGGGGGCCUAGUGGAAAAUGUCCUAUCGUGCAGGAAGUACCUGGGGGCGCUUUUAAAUGUGCCCCAUUUGGGAAGGACCGUGGAGGGAAGCGCCCCUGGAAUCGGCAUCGUUGGUGGUAGCCGCAAAGGGGCGAGACGACUGCUGCACGUUUUGAAGAAGUACGUACGGAUCUGCUGCCGGGAGGGGGGACUGAAAAAGGGGGAGCUGCACAAAGUGGAUGAAGCAGCACGGCGUUUGCUUCAGUGGAGGGGGAGCGGCCAAGUCUUCCCUCAUGAGGGGAAGCCGCACGAUGAGCAUUUCACCAGGGAAGAGUCCUCCCCAGCGCACCUUGACAAAGGAAGCCUUCCCAGUGGCGAUUGGCGGAAGAGAAGCCGAUGUCACAACUCGUUCCAUCCCCACAGUGAAUUUUUCCCCCACCAGAAGUACGUACAAUUAGCGAUCGGUCUGGAACAAAACAGAAGGAAGUUCCACCACAUAGUUCAAAUGUACCUGUCGAAGGCACCUAAAGGGUUUGAAAACUUCGAGAAGGGGAAUAAGAAGAGGGAGGAGGGGUCCGCAUCGUCCUCCUCCGCGUCAUCCAACUCGUUCAAACCCGAUGAUGAGAAAAACAACAAACGGUUUGACAACUUUUUCUUUCUCUUCUUCUUCAUGUUACUUUUAUUCUUUUUCCUCUUCGUCGAUUCGAAUGGCUUAUACAACGAAGUGACACAAAACGAUUUCUUUAUGAAUUACCUCUCUAAGGGAUAUGUGGACAAAAUUAAGCUCAUCAAUAAGGAUUACGUGAAGGCGUAUCUCAACGUCCAUGGUAUGAGUAAGUACCACCAGAAGUAUGUAAGCUUUCGUAUAGGAAACAGUGACGCGUUUGAGCGUAAGGUGGAGCUUAUCCAAAGGGAAAUGAACAUACAGAGGGAUGAAAUAAUAGAAGUGCAAUACACAAAUGAAACAAACGUGCUGAAUGAGGUCAAGAGUUAUGUCCCUACUAUUCUCUUCUUCCUACUCUUCGCGUUUAUAUUACAAAAAAUAACUCUAAAAAAUGUAGCCAGUAGUGGCAUGGACAGGCUAUUCAAGAUAAACCGAAUGAAUCCGAUUAAUAAGCAGAACUUGAAAACGGAUAUAACGUUCUCAAGCGUUGCUGGAAUGAAGCAAGCCAAGGAGGAGAUAAUGGAAUUUGUCGAUUUUUUGAAAACACCCUCUAAGUAUGAAUCGUUAGGGGCCAAGCUGCCCAAAGGGGCUCUUCUCUGUGGUGCCCCUGGCACAGGGAAAACAUUACUAGCCAAAGCGGUAGCAGGGGAAGCGAAUGUCCCUUUUUUUAACAUAAGUGGAAGUGACUUUAUCGAAGUUUUCGUCGGCAUUGGUCCGUCUAGAGUGAGGGAAUUAUUCGCUCAAGCGAGAAGACACGCUCCGUCGAUCAUCUUUAUUGACGAAAUCGAUGCAGUGGGUAGGAAAAGAUCCAAGGGUGGUUUCGCAGGUGGAGGAAAUGACGAACGGGAAAAUACAUUAAAUCAGAUGCUGGUCGAGAUGGACGGCUUCCAUACCUCCAAUGAUAAAGUGGUAGUCCUAGCAGGCACCAACCGAGUCGAUAUUCUCGACCCAGCCAUAACAAGACCAGGAAGAUUUGAUCGGAUUGUUAAUAUAAGCAAGCCCGAUAUUAACGAACGGUCCGAAAUCUUCCAAGUGCACUUAAAAAAUUUGAAAUUGCAUCACACAUUGGACAUACAGAGUAUUAGCUACCUUUUAGCUUCUCUAACACCAGGCUUCGUAGGAGCAGACAUUGCUAAUGUGGUGAAUGAAGGAGCCAUUCAAUGUGCUAGGAGGUCUAACAUGGUUGGUGUUCAGGUGAGAGACUUCGAAUUAGCAAUCGAAAGAGUCAUCGGUGGAUUACCCAAGUCAUCUUCUCUUAUCUCCCCGCUGGAGAAAAAGAUUAUCUCUUAUCACGAAACGGGACAUGCACUUAUCGGGUGGCUACUCGAGUAUGCAGACCCUGUUUUAAAGGUCUCCAUUCUACCAAGAAGUAAUGGAGCCCUGGGUUAUUCGCAGCACCUAUCAGAAGAGAUUAUGCUUUUUUCGAGGGAUGCCAUUUUGGACAAAGUAGCCGUCAUUUUAGGAGGAAGAGCAGCUGAAGAAUUGUUCAUCGGGAAAAUCACAACUGGGGCAAUAGACGAUUUAAAUAAAGUCACUCAGUUAUCCUAUUCGUAUGUUUCCCAGUAUGGAAUGAACAAAGAGAUUGGACUUGUCUCCUUUCAGCCGAACUCCUCCAGCGACUAUACCUUUUAUCGACCACACUCCGAGUGCCUAGCACACCUCAUAGAUAAUGAAGUGCGCUGUCUCAUUGAGACUCAGUACAACCGAGUCAAGUCAAUUUUACGUAAACAUGAGAAAGAGGUCCACAAACUAGCGGACCUGCUCUACCAGAAGGAGACCAUCUCCUACCAGGACAUCGUGCAGUGCAUCGGGGAGCGCCCCUACCCGGUCAAGUCCACCUACGAGAAGUUCGUCAAGGCGAAUCCGUACAGGUUGGUCGCUUCGGGGGAGGGAAUUAGCGGUGACGGAAUUAGCGGUGACGGAAUUAGCGGCGACGGGGUCGGCGGCCAGGGAGUCCGCAGCGACGGUGGUAAUGAUGUAGCUACUACAGGGGUACCCCCUAACGGGGAGGCCGACAAAGCCAUACAGGCCACGCUGGGAGCGCAGAGCACCCUGGGCACGCAGGAUACGCGCCAGCUGGGCGAACCAAAAGAAGCCUUCGCGCAACCGCUGGCCAAGCGCGAGGAACAGAACAUCACGAGGAAAGACGGGCCCACCAAGGAGGGCGCCCGGGAAAACUCCGAUGACGGGAAGAAGGGCAGUAAGGUUUCUCAAGUGGGCACCACGCGCUGA